UACUGUGCUCUGUAGUUGUGUACUCAGUUCUUUGUUAUUUGCUCUCCUCUUACGAAAUAAUGACCCAUCAGUUUUUGGUCAGCCACCACCAGUCAUACAACCACUAAUCACCAUCUUGUGAGUUGUGAUUCGGUUCCUGUAACAGGCAUUGAUUUCAUUUCAAUUUUUUGUGUUGUUUUUAACAUUUUGAUACAAUUUUGUAAUGUCUUGAAAAUGAGGCUGCUGAUUCCUAUAUUGAUGCUGGCCUCAGCUGUUGAAAGCGCUCGGAUCCUCUCUGUGUUCCCCAUCUCUGGAAAGAGUCACCAUGGGCUGUUCCAGGCCGUCUUGAAAGCUCUGGCAGCCAGAGGGCACCACAUUGUCAACUACUCUCCCUACAAACUUGAUAAACCGAUGGCCAACUAUACCGAUGUCGUCAUGGAGAACAUCCAACCUCCAGACAAAAGCAUGACAAGAGAAAUGUUAGAGAUGUUCAUGAAUCUUCCAUCAAUUGGAAUGCCCAUUUUUCUGUGGUUGGGAAUGGAUCUAUCUGCACAAACCUUCAGUGAUAAGAAAAUAAAAGAACUUAUUGAGUCCAAUGAACAAUUUGACCUUGUGAUUAUAGAAGCACUAUUCACUCAAGAAGCAUUCCUUGGAUUUGGCCAUAAAUUCAAGGCUCCCGUGAUCUGUCUUCAGCCAUUUAAUUCGUUUAGUGUCGUCAACAAAGCUGCUGGGAAUCCUUUAUCUAUCUCAUACAUUCCAGACAUGGCGUUUUCUUCUUCUGAUCACAUGUCUUUCUUUGAGAGGUUUUGCAAUACUAUUUCAAUUUUUAGUUCCUUAAUCUUCUACUACACGAUAUACACUCCGAAAGUAGACGUAAUGCUGAAGGAAACUUUCAAAGACCCUACAAUGCCACCAGUGUCAGAUUUGAUUUACAACAUCUCUUUGUUCAUGACUAAUGGACACCCUUAUGUACAUUAUGCUCAGCCAUAUACUCCCAACAUGAUUCCCAUCGGGGGAAUACAUCUUUCUAAGGAAAAGAAGCCUCUUCCAGCGGAUAUGAAGAAGUUCAUAGAUGAUGCCAAGGAUGGUGUGAUCUAUUUCAGCUUGGGAUCUGUCGUACCGGAUCAUGUUCUUGGAAAAGAGUUCUUCGACAUGUUCACAAAAGCUUUCCAAAAGCUGCCUCAGAGAGUGUUGUGGAAGACUGGAUGGAAGCACGAGAGCCUUCCCAAUAACGUGAAGACUGCAAAUUGGAUGCCUCAACAAGACAUUUUAGCUCAUCCAAAUGUGCUACUGUUUAUGACACAUGGUGGAAUAUUUGGUCAACAUGAAGCAAUUCAUGCUGGAGUGCCUGUUGUGUGCAUUCCUAUUUUCGGGGAUCAAACUUUAAAUGCCAAAUUUUAUGAAGAGCGAGGAAUUGGAGUGAAAAUGCCCUUCCAAACUCUUUCAGAAGAAACUAUAAUAUCAACAGUGAAUAAAGUUGUCAGUAACUCAAAAUACAAAGAGAAUAUGGAGAGACUGUCAAAGAUUUACCAUGACCGACCUAAGUCAGCAGCAGAUAGUUUAGUGUAUUGGGUGGAGUAUGUGCUGAGACACGGUGGAGCACACCAUCUGAGACCUGCUUCAGCAAAUAUGCCCUGGUAUCAGCUGUAUUUACUGGACGUUGUUGCAGCAUUAUUGCUGAUAGCAGCUGUUAUAGUGAUGGUUGUGUACAUUGUUUUGCGUAAAAUACUGCGUUUGUUCAGAGGAAAAACAAAACCUAUGUCCUCCAACAAAAAGAAACAAAAUUGAUGACCUUGGAAUUUUGCCAGAUUGAAGUAGUGAGUGAGUGAUUCAUUUUUGAGAACUGUUGAACUGUUGAAUAGCUUAAUUUCUUGUUUUCUGUUAAUUAAAGUACAUAAAUAAAGUUUGUAAGAGUGUAAUUUUAUAAUAAAUACAGAUUUUUAACAAUA